AUGUUUAACUACUUAACUUAUAUAUUUAUUAUAUUAUAUAUAAAAAUUAGUUAUGGACAAAAUACUAUAAAUUAUCAAGGGUACAUUUUAAGAUGUCCAACUGCAACAAAUUUUCUUGCUGGAACUGGAUCAAAUAUUUGGCCAGCUACAAGAGUUCCCGGAAAUCCACCAACAUAUGCCUGUAAUGCUAAUCCAAAUAAUGGAUUUUUUAAUAGAUGCCCUAUUGCUGGUGGAAAUGCACAACAAGAUGUUUUAGUAUUGAUAGAUGGUACUGAUGCUCCAAUACAUGUCUGUGCAUGUUGUUAUACAGAUUUUAAUACAUUUUUACAACAAAAUCUUCCUGUUGUUGGUGCUGAUCCAGGAGAUGAUAGUAUAACAAUGAAUUUAUGUGUUAAUGCUCAUAGUGAUUGUUAUAAUUCAAAAGAUAAAUGUGUUGGAGUGGCACUUUCAGAUUAUUAUCAAAGAUAUUGUCCAUAUACAUGUGGAUUAUGUACAAGAACAACUGCAUGUGUUGAUCUUAAAACAAAUUGUAAAUAUUAUAUGGAUUAUUGUGAAGUUGAUGAAUAUUUACCAAUAAUGUUAUAUGAAUGUCCAAAAACAUGUGGAUUUUGUGCUAAAAAAGUUACAUAUGAUACUACUGCACCAUGUUUAGAUACAACAGCAACCUGUCAAAGUAGAACUCAUCUUUGUAAUAUUCCAUCAUUUGUUGAAACAAUGAAAGAAGAAUGUAUGGCUUCUUGUGGAUAUUGUGAAAGUAUUGAACCAAAAACUAUAGCACCCCCUGUGAAACCUAAAAGUUCACCAAUUAUUCUUCCUAAUUCUCAAACAUUUAUAACUAUAUGUAAAGAUGAACGAAGAGAUUGUAGUAGUUUAAAAAGUUUAUGUAAUGAACCUUCACAUCAUUCUUGGUUAGUUCAACAAUGCUCAUUAACUUGUAAUUUUUGUGAUGAUGAUAGAGUUGAUGUUGAAGAAGAAAAACCAAUAACUGUUUUACAACCAGUUAUUGUUAAAGUUCAACAGACACAUUUAUCACAUUCUUAUCAACCAAACCCAAGUGAUGAAUAUUAUAAAAAUUAUUAUAAUAAAAAUUUAUUAAAAAUAGCAAUUAAUAGAAAUCAUGGUAAUGUAAAACAUAAAUUAAAUAAGUAA